CACCCUAGACCCACCAAGACCAGUCUCUAAACACAGGCAGUGAGUGCACAGGCAUGCAUGGACACUCGGACGAGCUGAUGACCCGUUUCUUGUCACCAAAUCUUGGUUUUGGAGGGGACAAACGUAUGGAUUUACCGCACUGUCAGCAGUGUCUACCUCAGUGGUGUUAGAAUCAGAAGUUUGAAAUGUAAAAAUAUUUUGGGCUGAGUUUCGACUAGAAAAACCCGCUCCGCUGCUUCAACGGGCAUCGACAUGCCCUGUUGGCUGAGACGUAGCUCUGGUUAGGUAGUUACUUGAGUAGGUUCUGUGUUGUAUAUCGAUGUGGUGUGUGUUGUAACCAUGCCUUGUUGAUCGGUAAUGGUCAAAGCUUUUGUGGUUUUCUGUCACUGAAGGACAUAGAUGGAAAAGAGGCAAUUGAUAUUUAUUGGCCUAGGGGUACUUGGAGUUACAUGGAUUUGGAUGAUCGUUCCCGUAUUCACAAACAGACGGCCUGGAGUUUCCUGAGCCCAGAGGUGAUCCCAGAUACUCAAGCCAUGGGUGAGUGGGGCUUUCUCGGGGGCCUCUUUGACGCCCUCCAGGUUCACUCUCCCAUGCUGGGGCGCUUCUGGCUCCUGCUCAUGCUGGUGUUCCGUAUGCUCAUCCUGGGCACCGUGGCCAGUGACCUCUUCGAGGACGAACAGGCUGAGUUUGCCUGUAACACCCUUCAGCCGGGCUGCAAGCAAGUCUGUUACGACAUGGCCUUCCCCAUCUCCCAGUACCGCUUCUGGGUCUUCCACAUAGUUCUCAUCUCCACACCUUCGCUACUCUUCCUCAUGUACGCCAUGCACCACCACAACAAGAGGACCACCAGCACUCACCCCACCGGGCAGAACAGCAGCAGCCAGGAGGAGGAUCUCCACCUGAGGAGGCUCUACAUCAUCAACGUGGCCUUCCGCAUGGUGGCAGAGGUGGGGAUGCUGUUGGGCCAGUGGUACCUCUACGGCUUCACGGUGGAGGCCCAGUUCCCCUGCAGCCGUUUCCCCUGCCCCUACACCGUGGACUGCUUCACUUCUCGUCCCGCCGAGAAGACCAUCUUCCUCUGCUUCUACUUUGUCAUCGGAGUCGUUUCGGCCGUUUCCAGCCUUGCCGAGCUGAUCUACGCCUCGGUAAAGUGGUUCUGUCCCACCACGCAGUUACAGAAGGGGGCUUGCCACUGUCAGAACGCCCGUAUCCUGAAACAGGAAGAGGUGGAGAUGGAGGAGAAACCGAGAAUGAGGACGAUGUCCGAGGGAGGGCGUAGCAGCAGCUCCAGGAAGACCGGACACAAGAGCCCACGAUACCAGAACAGUAAGGUGCUCUCAGUGUGAAAGGUCACAAUACUCCCAUCAACCCUGAUAUUCAUAGACAGUAGCGCUGCGCAGUGGCGUGUUCAGGGAGUGGCCUAGGGUGGCACGGGCCACCCCUGAAAUCUGAUUGGCCCCCCCAAUAUCUUAA